CGAUCGACGAGGGGCGGUAGCCGCCUUCCUUCUCGGUGAGACGGGCGAGGGGCGAGCGGAGGGAAAGGCCCAGGCCCAGGCCGAAGCCUCGGGCACCCGGUCCAGGUAUGCUGUCGGCCUUCGACGUCAAGGUGGACGUGGAGCCGCCCAGCCCGAAGCACGAUAGCUUCAGGAGCCGGUUAAACUCCCGCAGGAAGAGAGAGUUCAUGCCCGAGGAGAGGAAGGACGAGUCGUACUGGGAAAAGCGGCGGAAAAACAACGAGGCCGCCAAACGGUCGCGGGAGAAGCGGCGCUUCCACGACUUGGUGCUGGAGAGGAAGAUGCUGGCGCUGAGCGACGAGAACGCCUACCUCAGGGCCGAGCUGCUCACGCUGAAGGCCCGGCACGGCCUCAUCACUUCCUCAGCUUAUGCCCAAGAGGCACAAAUCCUGGACAGCUACAUGCAGAAGCAUCUGGCAAGGCAGAGAAGCAUGGAGAUGGAUGCGCCUAUUUUGGAAGUGGAUUCCCUCCCAUUCAUCCGAGAUGGCAUCUGCAACAGCCAUAUGAUAUGCGCCCCAGGGAGACUUUCCGUUGAAUCUAUGUCCCAACAUGUAGAAGAUAGUCCAUUUCCCAAAGCCUAUGCUAUCCCUACCUCAAUUGGACUACAGAAGCAACAUCCUCCAGAAAGCUCCGCUGAUAAGCCGACUAUGCACAAUAUUCCCUUGAAUCAAUUCAUAUAUUCCAGAUACCCCUGCUCAUUCAAUGAAACAUAUGCCUGCUACAAACCAUCAAGUGUUUUCACAACUGCAAUAGAAGUGAACAGUAAAAGCAGCAAGAGAGAAUCAGAAGAUGAUGCUGAUGAUGAACAAGAGGUUCCUAAGAUGCAUCAUUUUUCUUCUUUCAAGGACUGCAGAUUUGAAUGCCCAACAGUCAUGAAAUCAAAUUGUUCUGCCCUUCCUCACAAACUGAGAAUUAAGGUAAAACCGAUGCUGGCAAAAGAAGAAAAGGAUGGUCCAGAAUUUGAUCUUGAAAUGUCCUGGAAGAGACAGACUCCACUCGAAAAUACCAGGAAUAUUUCAAUGACAGAGGUCAAAGACAUUGAUGUGAGUUUGUGUGAUGGUGUUUGUGAAUGCAAAGCAGCAUUUAAACCUGUUACUUUAUUGCCCAUUUGUCAUUCCGUUUAAUUGAGGCUUUUAUUAUUUGUGACCAUGAAUUGUUUGUUUAUUGCUCAUAAAUUCUUUAUUUUGUGUUUUGCUUGGAAAUUUUACAUUAAGGGGGAGAGUAAACUUAACUUGUACAUCAAGUUGGAACUUUUAAACUUUUGAUAAUGCCAUUGAAAUUGAAUUAAUCAUAUUUUGGGAAUAUUUAGUGUUGGAGAGAAAGAAUGAUCUACCAAGUUGUGACUUUUAUGUACUUAUGAAAAAUCCCCAAAAGAUGCUUUUUUAAUGUCACAGGAUGAUUUUAUCAGAUUGCUUUGAUAGCAAUGUUUUAAGUGCAAUGUAUUUGUGUGAAUUAAAUGGAAAUACAUUUAUAUUAUUAAAAUUUGGUUUUGGAUGAAAAACAACGAAUAAUUAACGAAUAACAAUGAAAUGAAAUAUGAACAUACUGCAGAACAGCACUGCACAGGAAUAGGCCUUCAGCCCACAAUAUCCAUGAAGAACAUGAUGUUGUUAAACUAAUCUCAUAUGCCUGCAUCUCCAUGAGCUUAUUUAAAAGUAUCUUAAGCGUCAGUAUUAUAUCUGCCCCCACCACCACCCGUGCAACGUUUUCCAGGCACCCACCUCUCACUGUAUUAAAAACAAUUGCCCCACACAUCUACUGUAAACUUCCCCUCUCAUCUUAGCCUUGCUCUGAAGUCUUUUACAA